GAUGUGCUAUUUUUGUCACAAUUUAUGUCACCAAGAGGAUACAUUCUCAAUCAAAGAGAAACAGGUACAUAAUUAUGUCUUAUCUGUCUUUGAAACCUGCUACUUUUUUCACAGUCAUUAGUUCCACAAUAAUUUUUGAGUUUGAUCACUUUCCAUUUUUUACAACUUUUCUUAACCAUUUUACUUGCAACAGUUUCCAAGCAAAAACCAGUCACCUUUACUAGGGCUGAUGCUGAGAAGGGUUUAUGGUUUAUUUCUAACAAGAUAACACUUCAGAAUUAAGAUUCUGUUCCAUCAUUUGUUACAGUGCAAAUACUGGGCCCACUUAGACAAAGUUGACCAAUCAGAUUACAGGAAAAUAACAAUACAUUCCAAGAAAGUUGGUUGUGGGCCAAUCAGCAGCUUGUAAAAAAGCAAUAAGUUACGCAAAGCACAAAGUUAAUAUUGAUAGCAAGGAAAGCAAAAUGUUUCACCUGACAAUGUUUCUCUAUUCAAAACUUUGCAUACGAUGCCCAGGAGACAUAUUUCUUUGAUACAGGCUGUUAUUUUGUCAUCUACCAGGAAUUUCUUUGCUACUUUUGCUGCGGUUUGCAAUAACAUGCGACCACAAGCAACAAAUAUAACGAUUGUUUACGUUUUUUGCCUCCAUCAUUCACUCUAACGGUCCUCGCGGGAAACACAUGCUUUCUUUAGCAGGUUCAAAAGGUCACGUCUGUAGGGUGUAAUUGGUUGAUUUUGAUCCUUGUUGUUUAUUUGGUAAUUUGGUAAUUAUGAUUGACAACUAACUUUCUCGAAAUGCAUUGUUAUUUUCCUUUAAUCUGAUUGGUCAACUUUGUCUAGGUGGCCCCAGUUAUAGUUAAGUCACACCGUAAUUUGUGAAAAAAAUUCAUUUGUUAUUGGAACAAAUUUAACUGAUCAACUUUGGUUAAAAUUUCUUUACAAGUUUCAAAUUAAACCAGAUUUCUUCAGGGUUUAGCCGUUGUUUGGAUUUUUUUUUCUUUACAAACAUUAUUUUAUACUUGUACCUCCAUGUAAGAACCUCUUUUAUCUUUUAAAAUAGUCUAUAAUGCCUCCUAGCUAGAUUAGCAUUUUAUUUAUUUUCUAGGUGGCUUAUACCUUACAUAAGUGGUAUUGUCUUGUUUCCUCUCUUUUUUUUUCUGAGUGUGGUAUGAAAAUAAAGUUCAUGUCGUGUCUUGUCCUUAGUCCUCUCACCCCAAGAGUAGUAAACCCUAACUAAAACUUCAAGAAAAAAAGACAUUUUUUUAAAAAAAAAUAGAUGUAUGUUACGCUUGGGUGCUUUGAGCUACCAAAACUGUAAGAGUCAUGGCAUUGGUGGUAACUUAGAGCAUGUUCGAUUGACCGUAUUCUGGAAUAAGAAUUCUAAAAAUCACUCUUUUGGCUUUUAUUGCUUUGCAAUAGCUAGAAAUCUGUCUGAAGUAAAAUAUUCCAACUGAAGGUAUGAAGCAUUUAAGUGGCCCAAAAAUCACAGUACAAGAUAUUUGCCUCAAAACUUCUGGUAUUAUUCCAGAAUAUGAUCAAUCGAAUGCACCCUUAAAGUAAUUUUUUUUGGUUAUGAGCUUACCGUAUUUAUUCGAAUAAGCGCCCAACCUCGAAUAAGCGCCCAACCUCGAAUUAGCGCCCACCUCGAAUAAGCGCCCAUCCUAAAGGCAGAAAAAGGUAAUAAGCGCCCAGCCUCGAAUAAGCGCCCACCCCACCACACCUUCCUCCCACUCCCACUCAAACUCAAAUUAGCGACCACCCCUAAAAUUAAAUAAAUACUAAUAAGAGACUUCCUCGAAGACGGAGUUUUCUUCAAAGUAUUUUACAGGAACCUUGCUUUGUUACAUCUUCGCGUUCUGUUAUUACCAUUUAUUGUUUUGUUGGAAAAUACACAUACUACACUUGCUGAAAAUGUUGAAAAUUUAAUAAGCGCCCAGCCUCGAAUAAGCGCCCACCUCGAAUAAGCGCCCACUCUCAAGGUCCAAAAAUUCAAUAAGCGCCCAGGGCGGUUAAUCGAAUAAAUACGGUACUUAGUUUAAUGGGUGUAAAUAUGUUUCAUAAUUUCGUUUAGUGAAUGUUGUAAAUUAGUGUUAAUGGUCAUUUUAUUUUGUAUAAAAGUAGCAUUGGGGUCUUGUCAUUGUAACUUUCAUACCCUCGUGCAGAAAUCCAAAACGUUUUGUAAGGAUACAGAACUUUGCAGGAUUCAACUGUACAUGUAACUUAAGGCAAGAAUAUUGACAGUUUUUGCAGCCAUGGACAGGGGCUGUAGUUUAGCAGGGUAUUAUGUAUCAUGUGAUAAAUUUAAAUGAAGCAUGAAAAACACAGUUUAUUACUCUAAAAUUCUUUAUCAUUCACAUUCCUUUCUUAAAAAGGUGUUUGCAGAAAACAGCAGCGAAAGUUAGAGAAAGCAAUCAAGAUAUCACAGAGAUUAGGUAAACAAUUCACUUGGCAACACAUGUUUUGGCACUAAAUAGGCUGGUAUGUUCCACUGUGAAGGGUAUGGUUUUCAAGCAAUUCAGUGUGUGACAGGGUAUAGAAGUCAGAGAAUUUGGGUCUAGAAUGGGGUACCAUUUUGCAGGAAACUGAUCAGUUGGCUGUAGAUUUUAGUCUAGACUAGAGAAACCAGCAAUUCACACUCCAAGAAAAUAUAAUUGGCAAAUUGAAAUAAUUAGCAGCAACUCUGUUUAAUGGCAAAGAAAGCAUAGACCUAAGUAGUUUCUUGAAAAAAGCAACCCUAAGACAGGGACAGAUUUUGGAAGUUUGAUGUAAGUUGAGAUCUCUAUUCAAAUGUUCUUAAAGCAUACCCCAAUGACUGACGGCAAUCUUUAUCGAAACUAAAACCGCCACAACUGUCAGUAGCCCUAAAUAGGCUUCUGAAGGUGUUAAUUGCAACAUAAAUAAUCAGUAUUCUGUCAAGGCCACCCUUCCCCCCUGAUUGGGGGUGGAAAUCACUUGGGUCCAUAUAGGAGAUAGCUGGUAUGCUCCUCGUCCCUGUUCAUGGUAGGAGCGUGUUUGUUCUAAUAUGUAUACUUGCCUGGAUCCAUCUUUUGAACUGCUCAACUAUUUCCAUGCUUUCAUUCUAAGGAUUUUUCUUCCCCCCGCAGUAAUACAAUGUCAAAUGAAAUCUAAGGGGGAGUUUUCAGGGCAAAAGACUCUUAGGUGCAUCCUGUUCCAAACUUUUCUUAUUUUCAGUAACCACGGAGAGACAUCUGACAUCUCUGACAUCUAGCAAAAUUUUUUACCAACUGCAGUUUGUGUACCACUAACACUACCACUACCACUACCACUUCUUGGACUUCUUGGCCUGUACUUUCACCUUCAGACACCCUUUUAGGGCUAAAUCCCACCACUGAAAGAUUGUGGCUUUGAAAUGUUGAUACAAGAACAAUGAAUUAUAGAACCCUUGUCUGUUAAGAGCAGCGCCAGUGAAAAAUGAAAUCAUCAGCCAAUCUCUGGAAUGCAAAGAUUUCCAAAGGAUCCUUAAUAUUGGUAGCUUACACAUUUUUUAAUCACAAGCUUUUUAAAUGGAUAUUUUUUGCAGCCAUUUGAAUUUUGUGUGUUAUUUUGAGGCAUCACCUAGUUGGACAUUGUAUUGUAACUUAGAUACACAUAAACUGCAACGCAAUGUCUGAAAGACAAAUUUUUAUGAAAAGGAUACUGUGAGACAGUCAUUUUUAUGAUUACAUAUUUAUUUGAUAGGUCUUCUCCCGAAACUGGCCCCUGCACUACAGAAAGAAUUGGCGGAAAGAAAAUUGGCUGAGAAGAAGAUGAAAGUUGAGAAACAAAAAGCUUAAUCCUGGACAAAACUUCCAGUGGAGAGAUUAAUCUACUAUGACAAGGCAAUUCAGACUUGAGGGUUAUUUAACCUCAAAGUGGGACGCUUUGCUAUUCUAGGAUCAUCUGACAGCAAAAAUAAGAUCAAUUUAGUAUGUGCGGCUAUACACGUGAGACAUCAGAAUAGCUCGUGAGAUUCAUUCAUUCAUUCAGUCAUUUUUAUUGGUUUAUCCAAAUUUACAAUUUUAUUUUCCCACUACCCACAAACAGCAAAGGCCAGUCUAGGUGGGCAGUGUCUCUAUAAAAAACAAACUACGCAUUCCAAAUUCAUUAAUUCACAAGUAAACAAAAGUUUGAGUCGAUGCAGUAUGCUACUCCAGUUGCCACUCUGCUUCUCUUUGUGGGUAGAGGCUUGGUUUGGUGCAGUGCACUCUCUGAAGGUUUUUGCAGGUCUUCUGUCGUUCACUCUGUUUUCCUUUUCCAACUUUCUAAGCUCAAAGAAUAUUUUUAUUUGUUUUAUAGGUCAACUACGUCGUGACCUCAUUAACCCUUUAAGUCCCAAUGGUGACGACCAACACCAAUUUUCUCCUAACGAUGUCCAUACACUUUCAAGAGAUAUGGUUAUGAGAAUUGGUAAAAUGAUCACCAAAGUGAAAUUGCAUUGAUCUUUUAUGAAAUUCUCUCAACACAUUCUUUAAAGAAAUGUAUGGAGUUCAGUUCGGAGAAUUUGUAUGUGUAUAUUGGGGCUCUCUGUCGGUUAAGUCGUGAUGUUAUUAGAGAGUUUUAGAACAGGCUUUAGAAUCACAUUCAGGACAAACGAAAAAAACCAAUUUGCCCUUUGUGGUCAAGUUAUGUAUCCCUUUACAUUUCUUCUACUAUUCAUUGUAAUUUCAGUCAAUUCCUUUUAUAGCAGACACCGUACUGUAGGGACCUUGAGUCAGUGUCCACAUUAGCGAGAAUCCGUAAUAGCGGGAGUUGUUUUUCAGUCAAACAUCUUUAAUUUAUUUUUGCUUUGGGAUUUAGCUGCUCUCCGUAUUACAGGGGUGUUCGCAAGGCGAGAGUUAACAGUUUCUACUCAAAAAUAAGCAUUUUCAUGUCAGAUUCAUCCGUAGCAAUUCUUUUGAACAGUUUUUAUACACUCAUUUCCUAAUGCGAGAAAUCGCAACACGAAUCUGCCGUUUGCCGUCUGCAUUAACCGUGAUUCUAAAUCUCUCUACUGUCCGUACAGACUCUUAACGUGAUUGAAUGGUGAAAGUAUUUGAGUCAUUGUAAGAGUCGUGAAUCGGUUAUCUCGGUUCGAAUAAAUCGUCGGCAGCUGUUACUCUUGGCGAUCUCUGGAUGGCCUGUUAUCAGUCUAAGUCAAGCAGCAACGAUACCAAAAGGCUAAUUAAUUAAACCAGA